AUGGCGUUCUCGUCAUCGCCGCCACGGCCAACAACAACCACAUUCAAUCUCCCCAACACCGACCCCGAAAUCCCAGUCACCCAUCCCUCGACGCUCACCGAGGACCAACUUCUCACUUUCCCGGCCUUCAAGACGUGGCUGGAUACCCUACAGAGGAAUCUCUCCCUGCAGCACAGCUCAGCAAGCCACCCGUUUCACACGACCCCGUACUCCCUGAGAUCCAUCGAGAUCCAAUCCGCCGACUUCUUCUCCAGCGGUCGUCUCGGCUUCCUUAAGCUGAAAGCCACCGUGACCAACGACAAUGACGAGUCCUUCCCCGGCUCCGUGUUCAUGCGCGGCGGGAGUGUUGCCAUGUUGAUCGUCCUGACGGCGGCGUCGUCGUCGCCUGGCACUUUCCCCGAGCAAUCAUCCGCGAGAGGUACGACCUCCUCCAAGGCAAGGCCUCAGCCGGGAGGGAACGACGACGACGACGAAGAAGAAGAAGAGUACGCCAUCUUGACGAUCCAGCCCCGCAUCCCCGCCGGCUCGCUCAGCUUCGUCGAACUGCCCGCGGGCAUGAUCGACGACAGCGGCACGUUCGCGGGCGCCGCGGCCAAGGAGAUCCACGAGGAGACGGGGCUGGAGAUCUCGGCCGACGUACUCGUCGACAUGACGCGACUCGCCGCCUGCGUCACCACCGACCCACAGAAGAGUGUCUCCGAAGGAGAAGAAGAAAGAAAAGGCGACGAGCAACUCCAGUUCGCCAUGUACCCGUCCCCGGGCGGCUCGGACGAAUUCAUACCCAUCUUCCUCGCCCGCAAGACACUCCCGCACGCCCAGAUCGAGGCCCUCAAGGGCAAACUGACGGGGCUGCGGGACCACGGUGAGAAAAUCACCCUGCGAAUCGUCCGGCUGCACGACGUCUGGAAGGUCGCGUGGAGAGACGGCAAGACGCUGGCGGCCAUGGCGCUCUACGACGGGUUGAAACGGGAGGGAAAGCUAUGA